GUGAAGACAAGGUCUAAUAAUUAUUGUUAGAGAACAAAAACAAAGACAACCUCUUUAGAACCUGAUUUUACUAUAUUUGUGGGGUGCUAGUAGGAGCUGUAUAGAUAGAGACUUUUGCUUACUUCAUUUCAUCUCCAUCUCCUCUCAUCUCAUCACACACAUUCAUUCAUCUUCCCUUAUCUCCCUCUCUCCAAUUUUCUUCAUCUUUCUUUUCUAUGGGAAAUUGUCAAGCUGUUGAUGCUGCAGUUCUUGUGAUCCAACAUCCAUGUGGGAAGAUAGAUAGAUUGUAUUGGCCAGUAACUGCUAGUGAAGUUAUGAAAACCAAUCCUGGUCACUAUGUUUCAUUGAUUAUGCCAUUACCUCCUCAACCUCAAGAACAGAAUCAAGAACAAAAGACAGUUAGGUUUACUCGUGUUAAGUUGCUUAGGCCUAAUGAAACUCUUAAUCUUGGUCAUGCUUAUAGGCUCAUCACUAAUCAAGAGGUUAUGAAGGUAUUGAAAGCAAAGAAGCAUGCAAAGAGUAUGAAGACAGAGGGAGAAGCAGUGAAGGUAGAAAAGGAAGGUUCAGGUUGUGAGACAAAGAAAGGAGAAGAAUCUGACCAAGGAAAGACAUAUCAGGGAGGCAGAGCAGAGAGAAACAAGCAAAGGUCAGGAGGGUCCACAAAUCCUGCUGCUGUACAGAGGUCAAAAUCCUGGCGCCCCUCUUUACAAAGCAUUUCAGAGUCACCAAAAGUGUAAUCAUGCAAAUUUGUGUAUGAAUAGUGGUUCAUAGAACAUAGUUUGACUGCCUCUAAAAUGUUCGAUGUUCCUGUUAAAUGGGAAUAAUGAAAAUUUAACUGAGGUUUGAACCAAGAUUUCUCUUCAACAACCAUGAUUCAGUUGGUAACAUGUUUGUAUAGCACCAACAUGAAGAGAAAAGAGAAGUAAUGAAUGUAAAAAUCUUUUAGAAAUGAGUUUUGUUAUUGAUAUAGUUACAACA